ACCUUUCGGUGAAUUGUGGGAACUAACAUGUAUCAUCCCGCUCUUGGCCGCGUCUCGCCCUUCGUCUUCCCAUCGCCGGCCCAAUGUCCUUCUCGCCACCACUGCGGUGCUUCCGGAUCCCGUCACCAUUAGUCUCGCGCUGCGUUCGAUCAUCGCCGUGGAGCUGUUUUAGGGUUUCGGCCGGCGCCUUAGGUAGAAGGUCGUCCAGUUCUUCUUCUUUGCGGAGAAUCGUGACUGCCAAUCUGGGCUUCGAUAACGAGCCUGGCGAUGGAAAGGUGGAGGACGCUCGUGCUGGGGAUGUGAAGGAACUGUCUUCUGAUAUCCGUGAUAGAAAGAACGGGAAGAAAUCGUUAAAAGCAUUUUCACCAAAUGAGCUACUGCAGAGGUUAAAGAGAUAUGGAGUUGCAGGAGUACUGUCCUAUGGGCUACUUAAUACUGUAUACUAUUUCACAACAUUUUUACUGGUUUGGUUUUAUAUUGCCCCGGCACCUGGAAAAAUGGGCUACGCUGCAGCAGUUGAAAGGUUCCUGAAACUGCUGGUGACGAUCUGGGCUGGGAGCCAAGUCACCAAGAUUGUACGCGCAGGAGGGGCUCUUGCAUUAGCUCCUUUUGUUGACCGAGGACUAUCCUGGUUCACAGUCAAGUUCAAGUUCGAAUCAAAGGAACAGGCAUUUGCAGCAAUUGCAGGUUUGUGUUUCGGCCUGGCCCUUCUUCUGUUCUUUGGAUUGACCUUGCUUUGGGCAUAGCUGCCUUUUCUUCAUUUGUUAGAGGCGUUUCAAAAAUAUGCAAGAGAUCAAGUAUUUCUUAAUCAGACCCCUGAGACUGAACAAUACGAAAUUUUUUCAUGUUAUGGUUGAUAAAAAUCAUAUAAUUAUUUUCAAGAUGCUCAAAUUCUCUCAAUGCCACCUUUCAAGUUUGGUCUUCUUUUGUGUGGCAAGCCUUUGAUGUCGGUCUCGGAACAUGGUAUGUGGAAUUAAGGUUUGCUAUUUCUCUUGGAAUUUUUUCCCUGUAACUAAUUAAACAUCUUAAGAUUGGCUCCUACAGUGAAUUGUCCAAGUCAUUAAUUGUACUAGAGACCAAAGUCCAAACGCUGCAAUUCUCAGAAGCCAUCAAAAUGAAGCAGAAGCCACAUUCCGAAUCAUUUAAAUGUGCUACGUGGUGCAAGGUUAUGAUGCUUUGUCUUAAAGCUAAUUGCAGUUUCAACGAAAACCUGUUGUUGACUUUAUGUACUCGGUAGGAUUUGACAGAUUAGGAUCGACCAAGAAUUCUCAGUGGUCGCAUUGUGAAACGGAGGCCUCUUUUGAAAUAUUUAAUUCCUUGACACUGAAAUUAAUUUUCCA